UGGCAGAUGAUGCGGAGGGCUGGGGCAGCUCACUAGUGCAGGUCCGGAUGGGGACGGUGGGGGUCGAGAUCCGCGAGAUCCGGUAGUAUGUAUGUACGACAUCCGACGGUGCGGCAGAUGUCCAAGUGCCGACUUACCGGGAGAAGUAGAAAGAGGCUGUUCGUUUCACACGCGAGCUUUGUUCUCCCCAUCGAAAAGUCCAAGUUGCCAAAACCCCAGCAAAUCCGAUCAUCUAUGAUUUUCCGAGGCUGCGGUCGUCCUCUUAGCACUGUCAGUCUGUCACCAACGUCUUGACACCUGAGUAACCAGUAUCCGUCUAUCCGACUAUCUUGUACAUACUGCAUAGCACAUCCGAGCAUCAUGCCGGACACGUACGAGCUUCGCCCGGGGCCGCUCCCUCUCCGGGUCAACUCCAAGAACGGCGGCGGGCGGCCGAACUACAUCAUCUUCAUGCCCGACCAGCUGCGCUACGAUUCUCUCGGGUGCACCCAGCGCGCCACCCCGUCCAAGCCGGGCUUCGCCGACAUCAAGACGCCGCACCUGGACGCGUUCGCGGCGCGCGGAAGCCUCUUCACCAACUGCUUCACGCAGGCAUCCGUCUGCUCACAGUCGCGCUGCAGCAUGUUCACGGGCACGUACCCGCACGUCAGCGGCCACCGCAGCCUCGACAACCUCAUCAAGCCGUGGGAGCCCAACGUGCUCCGCAGCCUGAAGGAGAGCGGCUACCACGUGGCCUGCCUGGCGCCCCGCGGCGACACCUUCGCCCCGGGCGUCACCGAGCUCAGCGUGACCGAGUACGGCUUCCUCGAGACGCCCGAGUUCAUGCCCGCGUUCGGCAAGGGCAACCAGGAAAAGGACGAGAGCAUCUGGGGCCGGCUCUUCUACCGCGGCCUGCGCGGCGCGGACCGCGCGGUCGACUACGACGAGGCGCUGGUCCGGUCGGCGCUCGCGUGGCUCGAGUGUCCGCCGCGCGACAGGCCGUGGGUGCUGUUCAUGCCGCUCGUCUUCCCGCACUGUCCCUUCCAGGUCGAGGAGCCCUUCUUCUCCAUGUACGACCGGGCGUCGGUGCCGGACGUGGAGGCGCUGCCGAGCCGGCGCACGGGCUACGAGCCGCAGUACAUGCGCCGCAUCCGCGAGCAGUACGGCACGGACCGCGCCACGCCCGACAUCUGGCGCGAGAUCAAGGCGACCUACUACGGCAUGGUCACGCGGCUGGACGAGCAGUUUGGCCGCGUCAUGCGGCGGGUCGACGAGCUGGGCCUCUGGAAGGAUACGGUCACCAUGUUCUUCACCGACCACGGCGAGUACCUCGGCGACCACGGCCUGAUCGAGAAGUGGCCGUCGGGCCUGUCCGACUCGCUCGUGCACGAGCCGCUGAUCAUCGGCGGCGCGGGGCUCCCGGAGGGCCAGGUCAUCACGUCCAUGGCCGAGAUGGUCGACCUGGUCCCGACCAUGCUGGAGAUGUCCGGCAUCGGCCAGACGUUUGCCCACAACGGCCUGUCGUGGGUGCCUCUGCUCCUGCGCGGCGAUGGCGAUGGCGACAGAACCAAACCCCACCAGCACAAGGAGUACGCCUUUUCCGAGGGCGGCUUCCUCGAGUCGGAAGAGCCGCUGUUGGAGCAGGCGCCGUAUCCGUACGACCUCAAGGCUGGGCUACAGCACCAGGACACGAGGCUGGUGGGCAAGGCCGUCUCGCUGCGCGAUGCCACGUGGACGUAUGUGUAUCGACUCUACGAGCCGGCCGAGCUCUACCACCGCCAGAACGACCCGCACGAGCUGCACAACCUCGCGGCGGAUCCGGCGCAUGCCCAUCUGGUGGCCAAGUACGAGCAGGUCGUGCUGCGGUGGCUGCUCGAGACCGGCGAUGUCCUGCCGUGGACGAGGGACCCGCGCAUGCCCGAGGUGAAGCUGAAGAGUCCGCGGGAGCAGAUGGAGGAGAGGUUGAAGACUUGAAGGCGCACGGCGAGGCCGCAUCCAAGGUGUGAGAUGGUGUAUUUUGGUCCUGUCCUCCGGUGAAAAAAGCUCGGACCUCCAAGUAAGGAAUAGGAUUCGGUAGAGUCUCACAAAUACUAGUACCUAGGUACACAACACAGGUUUAUACAUUUUGUUCUCACUCUCUUGUGUUUCGCCCAAUUGAAAAUAGUAGGGUGA